AUGUCGAUGAAGAACUUUUCUCCAGAGAUUAUUCUAGAGAUAGUACCACGAAUUCCAGCUGCUGAGGAUGUAUUAAAUUGCAAAUUAGUAUGCAAAGAAUGGUUAAAUGUGCUCAGUUCCCGUGGUACUUAUUUUGCCAAUAUGCACAUUCGUCAUCAAUUACUACAACUUGGUGAUUCUAAAGAUAGUGAUAAUAUCGUCUCUGCUUCGACGAAUAAAAAGAUCAACCAUCCUCCUUUCGCUACCGAGUAUGAUGCUGUAAUUGCUGCAUGCAACGGUGACAACCAUCAACACGUUAAAGAACCUGUCUACAUUUUCAAUCCAUUUACCAGCGAAUACGUUGAUCUUCCCAGAUUUAAAGAACGGUAUGGUCCUCACAACUUGAUGAGAGCUGGAUUCGGUUACCUUCAUUCUAAGGAUGAGUACAAGGUUGUUCGAAUCUUCUAUGCUGACAAAAAGACCGCCAUAGGUCACGUUCAAGUGUAUACUUUUGGUGAUGGCAAUGGGUGGAGAGACAAAGGAGAAAAUAUCCUCCAUUUGUUAACUCCAUCGUCUGGUGUUUUUGCAAAUGGAGCCAUACACUGGGUGGACCUCAAGAACAGGAAUUUGGUUUCGUUCGAUUUGAAAGGCGAGGCAUUCCAAAAUCUUCCAUUGCCAAAAAUUACUCAUAGUCAAGUUCAAGUAGUGUGUGUUCCUAAAAGUAUGGAAGACAUCGUAGUAUGGUCGUUAAGGCAGAAAGAGAAUGAGGCACAAGAUAUCGAACACAGCUCUUCUACAUGGAGACAGGAAUUUAAAUUUGCAUCACGAGACACUGGAUAUCAUCCUUUUGCCAUGACAAGGAGCGGUUUAGUUCUAUUCUCCCACUUUGGAAAGGUUUUCUCAACUUAUAAUCCUAAAACUGAAGCAGCGAAAUGUCUUGCCCUCCGUGACAAUGUUGGUGCUAAAUGUUGCAGAGUUCAAGCAUUUCUUCACAGGAACAGCUUUGUUUCACUAAAAGGUACGGGAGAAAAAGGUACCAAGACCAGAAAGAUGAUAAGCACACCAAGUGACACAAAACCAUAG